AUGCGUAUUAAAUAUACAGUUUCUGUCAUCUUUAUCAUGGCUCUGGUCAUCAUAGAAAAGGAAAACAAUAUUAUUUCAAAGGUGUCUGAUAAACUGACCCUAAAGCUGACCCCUCUGACCCCCCUGCUGCUGCCCAGCUCAUCUGUGUUCACCUUUCAGGAGCAUAAUGUUUCGGUGUCCAUCUUAAGUCAGACAGACAUUUCGUCCUACGAACACUUGAAGCCUCAUCUGAAGAACUUCACCCAGUCCAGCCAGGAGAGUGUGUUUCCCGAGUCUACCACAGGAGGACGUAAACACAUCCUGCUAUUAGCUACGACUCGCACUGGCUCCUCAUUUGUGGGCGAAUUCUUUAACCAGCUGGGAUCAAACAUGUUUUACCUGUUUGAGCCACUGUGGCAUGUGGAACGCAUGUUAACGGUGGAGAUGGGAGGGACGAACGUGUCAGUGGCGGGACCAGCAUAUCGUGAUGUUCUGCGUCAGCUGUUCCUCUGUGACUUUUCCCUGCUCGAGCGCUUCAUUGAACCACCACCGCAGCAGCAUGUCACCACCUCGUUCUUCCGCCGUGAAUCUAGCCAAUCGCUGUGUGAAGAUCCCGUCUGCACGUCUUUUGUUAAAAAAGUAUUCGAGCGCUACCACUGUCGCACGCGCCGCUGUGGGCCCCUCAACCUGACCCUAGCCUCUCAGUCCUGCACGCUGAAGAGACAUCGUGCGAUCAAGUCCGUCCGUGUGCGGCAGUUAGAGAUGCUGCGGCCGUUGGCUGAAGACUCCCGACUGGACAUGAAGUUCAUCCAGCUGGUCAGAGACCCUCGUGCCGUGCUCGCCUCACGUAUGGUCGCCUUUUCUAGCAAGUACAAUAACUGGAAGAGGUGGGCCGUGAAAGGAGAAGUUCCAGUGGAGGAUGAUGAAGUGAGGAAACUCAGAGGAAACUGCGCUAAUAUACGCAUGUCUGCUGAGAUCGGACUGAAGCAGCCGCCGUGGCUUCGAGGGCGCUACAUGCUAGUACGCUACGAGGACAUAGCCCGAUUUCCCAUGCGCAAAGCUGCGGAGAUGUAUGAAUUCACAGGCAUUCCCUUCACCACAAAGGUGGAAGAGUGGAUCUUAAAAAAUACUCAGGCAUCAAAGGAGGUGAGCGGAGUUUAUUCCACUCAGAAAAACUCCUCUGAACAGGUGGAGAAAUGGAGGUUUAGCAUUCCUUUCAAACUGGUUCAAUUGGUGGAGAAAGUGUGCGGUCCCACCAUGACUCUGUUUGGCUACAAGUUUGCAGUGAACGAAAAGAUGUUGACUGAUAAAUCAAUAAGUUUGAUUGAAGAGAAAACAUUUUUAUGAUUAUACACAGACUUUAUGAAAAGCAAACAUUAAGAUUUUGAAAGAAGAAUGCUGAGAUUUAUGAAGUAAUAUGUGAUGACUAAAACAUUAUUUUGGAACUUUUAAAACUACAAUCGCUUAUAAAGCA